GUGAAUUUAUAUUUGUUAAACGGGUCUUGCAUUAACAGUCUCUGUUAAUUAAAAUAAAAUAGUUCUAUUUUCGCCAAUUUUAUUCAACAAUGACUGAAACAUCAAAAAAUCCAUUCAAGUUUUUGGAAAAAUCAAUUGAAAUUGAUGGUGAAGUCUUUUAUUUUUAUGACAUUACUCAUUUUAAUCAACUUUCUAAACUGCCCUUUUCUAUAAGAGUUCUUUUGGAAUCCGCCAUAAGAAAUUGUGAUAAUUUCCAUAUUAAUGAAGGUCACGUAACAACAAUUUUAAAUUGGGCACAAUAUAAAGGAGAAACAGCUGUUGAUAAUCAGGAAUAUGAAAUUCCAUUCAAACCUGCCAGAGUUAUUCUUCAAGAUUUUACUGGCGUCCCAGCAGUAGUUGAUUUUGCUGCUAUGCGUGAUGCUGUUUUAAAGUUGGGCGGAAAUCCUGAAAAAAUCAAUCCAAUUUGUCCUUCCGAUCUUGUUAUUGAUCACUCAAUUCAGGUUGAUUUUUCCAAUUCAAACGAUGCAUUGAAAAAGAAUCAGGAUUUGGAGUUUGAAAGAAAUAAGGAACGGUUUACAUUUUUGAAAUGGGGUGCAAAAGCAUUUAAUAAUAUGAUAAUCGUUCCACCAGGCAGUGGCAUCGUUCAUCAAGUUAAUUUGGAAUACCUUGCUCGUGUUGUUUUUGCAGAAAAACAAAAUGAUGGACGAUGUCUUUUGUAUCCAGAUUCUCUUGUUGGAACUGACUCGCAUACAACCAUGAUAAAUGCGUUGGGAAUUUUAGGUCAUGGCGUUGGUGGUGUUGAGGCUGAAGCUGUUAUGCUUGGACAAAGUAUUUCAUUUCUUUUACCUGAAGUUAUUGGAUACAAAUUAGUCGGAGAGUUAAAUCAAUACGUAACUUCAACGGAUUUAGUUUUAACUAUAACCAAAAAUUUGCGUCAGUUAGGAGUUGUGGGAAAAUUUGUUGAAUUUUUUGGUCCUGGAGUAUCAUUUUUAAGUAUCGCAGACAGAGCUACAAUAUCAAAUAUGUGCCCUGAAUUUGGUGGAACUGUUGGGUAUUUUGCAGUUGAUAACCGAUCUCUUGAUUACUUGAGACAAACAAAUCGAAGCGCCAAAAAAAUAAAGAUUAUUGAGCAAUACCUAAAAGCAACAAAGCAAUUCAGAGAUUAUAACGAUUCCACGCAAGAUCCAAUGUUUUCUAAAGUAAUAACAUUAGAUUUAUCAACUGUUAUUUCAUCUUUAUCUGGCCCUAAAAGACCUCAUGAUCGAGUUGCAGUGUCACAAAUGAAGCAAGAUUUUCAAGAUUGUCUUGUAAAUAAGGUUGGAUUCAAAGGUUAUGAAAUACCUUCUAAUGAGUUAAAUAAUGAAGCAUCAUUUGUGUGGGAAGAUGGAACUGAAUACAGAAUUAACCAUGGUUCUGUUAUUAUUGCUGCAAUUACAAGCUGUACAAAUACUUCAAAUCCAACUGUUAUGCUUGGUGCAGGUCUUUUAGCUCAAAACGCUGUUAAAUUAGGUCUUAAAGUAAAGCCAUACAUUAAAACUUCAUUGUCACCUGGUUCAACUGCUGUUGAUCAUUAUUUGAGGGAAUCUGGUGUGAUUCCUAGUUUAGAAGAACUUGGAUUUCAUAUUGUUGGAUAUGGAUGCAUGACAUGUAUCGGCAACAGUGGACCAAUCAAUGAAAAUAUUGCUACAGCAAUAGAAUCUAAAAAGCUUGUAUGCUGCGGAGUUUUAUCUGGAAACCGUAAUUUUGAAGGAAGAAUACAUCCUUUGACCAGAGCAAACUACUUAGCGUCUCCACUUUUAGUAAUAGCAUACGCUCUGGCAGGAACUGUGGAUAUUGAUUUUGAAAAUCAACCAAUUGGAAUUUCACAUGAAGGAAAAAAAGUGUUCUUAAAAGAAAUAUGGCCAAGUCGAGCUGAAAUUCAAGAAGUGGAAAGACAAUAUAUUAUUCCGUCAAUGUUUCAACAAGUUUAUGAAAAAAUUCAGUUAGGAUCGUCAAACUGGCAAUCGCUUGUUGCUCCUACGGGCAAAUUAUAUCCUUGGGAUGAAAGUUCUACCUAUAUUAAACAUCCUCCCUUUUUUGAUGGAAUGACUCGAGAUUUACCUGUAAAAGAACCAAUAAAAGAUGCAAGAGUUUUAUUGUUUUUGGGAGACAGCAUAACAACGGAUCAUAUUUCUCCAGCUGGAUCGAUUUCUAGAAAUUCUCCUGCAGCGAGAUAUCUAACAGACAGAGGACUUGCCCCAAAAAAUUUCAAUUCUUAUGGCUCGCGACGAGGCAAUGAUGCAGUUAUGGCCCGUGGAACAUUUGCAAAUAUCCGUUUAGUUAAUAAGUUCAUGAAAUUUCCAGGACCAAAAACAAUUUAUAUACCAACAAAUGAAGAAAUGGAUAUUUUUGAUUGUGCUGAACGUUAUAUUCAAGAGAAAACUCCUUUGAUUUUACUCGCAGGGAAAGAAUAUGGAAGUGGUUCAUCAAGAGAUUGGGCUGCAAAGGGUCCAUAUUUGUUAGGAAUACGUGCAGUAAUUGCUGAAAGUUAUGAACGCAUACAUCGUUCAAAUCUUGUUGGUAUGGGUAUAUGUCCUUUGCAAUACUUAUCGGGUCAAAAUGCUGAGUCUUUAGGACUAACAGGUUUUGAAUCGUUUAAUAUUUUACUACCUGACAAUGUUAGUCCCGGACAGAAUAUAACUAUUGAAACUAGUUCAGGCAUUACUUUUGAUGUAAAAGUAAGGUUUGAUACUGAUGUUGAAAUUUUAUACUACAAAAAUGGAGGGAUCUUGAAUUAUAUGAUACGAAAAAUGAUUUUUUGAAUGAUACAUGAUACCAAUUUAUUUACUAUUUGAUAUGGGAUUUUUUUUUAAAUUGUUUAAUUUAGAGGGUUCCGUUUUUUAAAACCCAACUUACCCAGUAAAAAUCGAACGUAAUAAAAGAGAACACCUCAAUUGUUAUUUACGAUGGUUUUGGAUUUACAAAAGAAAAUUUUGAUAAAAAAUUA